AUGGCUCCAGGAACCCGUCGUUCACGUCACAUAGACACUUCACUUACGAUCCCUAAUUGGAUUAUGCAGUCCCAAGAGAUUCUCAUCUUCUCGACGGACUCUGCCUUGUUCUUCGAUGUUUUUGAUCAUUCCAAGUAUUUCAAGAACACGUUGAUUGCCUCUGCGUCGAUCUCCGUUGACGAUCUAACCCUCAUAUGCGAACCAGUGACUGAGCGAUUGCCUCUGUCCAAAAAAGGAGGACUGAAGGGAGAGCUUCUGGCCUCCGUCUCAUUCUAUCCAAUCUUGCCUUCAACCGCCGAAUCAAGUACGUUAUCUUUCUCAUAUAGACGUGCAUCUUUGCCUUACGAAUCAGACGUGGGGGUGGUCCAUCUAACUCUCGAUGAAGCCAAGGACUUGAAGUCUCCUGUUUCCUCCAGAGAGGCCAAUCCCCGAGCCACGAUUAUGUUAGCCGUUGAUGGAAAAGCAACGCGGAUAUAUUCAACGCCUCCGUGUAAGAGCACAAGCGAACCCAAAUGGCAUUCACAUCACACAUUCUUGUGCACGGACAAAGCAUCGAGUGUUAUAUUAGUUGACGUGUCUGACUGUGGGUUCAAAGAAACGAAUCUGGGAUAUAUGUAUAUUCCGCUUCGUGACCUAUUAGAUAGGGACGAAAGUGGCCCGCGUUGGUGGGCGCUGAGCGGCUGCCAAGAAGGCCAGUUGAAAAUGGGAGCGGAAUGGAAGCCAGUAAAGGCAGACCUAUUAGAGAAUGUAUAG